AUGGCCAAUACCCAGCAACCUCAAUUUCGCGUCCUUAUUGUGGGCGGUUCUGUCGCAGGCCUCACCCUUGCGCACUGUCUGGAACGCGCCAAUAUUGAGUACCUCAUACUCGAAAAAGGAGACGAUAUUGCCCCGCAAGUUGGUGCCUCGAUAGGUAUUAUGCCAAAUGGCGGACGGAUUCUCGAGCAACUGGGCCUGUUUGGGGAGAUCGAGCGUGUGAUUGAGCCGUUGCAUCAGGCGAAUAUUAGCUAUCCAGAUGGGUUCUGCUUCAGCAACGUCUAUCCGAAGGUUUUGGGCGAUAGGUUCGGAUAUCCGGUUGCGUUCUUGGACCGGCAGAAGUUCCUGCAAAUUGCAUAUGAGGGUCUGACAAAGAAACAUAACGUUCUCACCCGUAAAAGGGUAGUUGAAGUGCGACAGUUGGAGCAUGGAAUUACUGUUGCUGUGGCUGAUGGGACAGAGUAUGAGGUGGAUCUCGUGGUUGGUGCGGAUGGCGUACAUAGUCGGGUGAGAAGCAUGACUGUUGAAUAUGUCUGCGUUUUCGGAAUCUCGUCGGCCAUCCCAGGGCUCGAGAUAAGCGAACAGAUCAACGGGAUCUAUGACCAUCUAUCCAUUCUGACAAUCCACGGCAGACAUGGUCGGGUGUUCUGGUUCGUGAUCCAGAAGUUGGAUAGAAAGUACGUCUACCCUGAUGUCCCGCGGUUCUCAGACGAGGAUGCCGUACAGCUCUUCGAACGGGUCAAGCACGUGCGGUUCUGGAAAGACAUCUGUGUGGGGGAUUUGUGGAAAAACAGAGAGGUAUCCUCAAUGACAGCGCUGGAGGAGGGUUUGUUUGAGACGUGGCACCAUGAAAGGAUGGUGUUGAUCGGCGAUAGCGUUCACAAGAUGACGCCCAACUUUGGCCAGGGAGCCAAUUGUGCCAUCGAGGAUGCUGCCGCGCUCUCCUCCCUUCUACAUGAUCUCAUCAACGCCCGCGGAGUUUGCAAACCGUCAAAUUCCCAGGUUCAGCAUCUCCUCCAGCAGUAUCAGGAGACUCGAUACUCUCGCAUGGUAGGCAUGUGUCGCACCGCGGCUUCAGUUUCUCGGAUUCAGGCCCGAGAUGGCAUCCUCAACACCGUCUUUGGACGAUAUUGGGCUCCUUAUGCUGGCAACCUUCCUGCUGACCUGGCAUCGAAAGUAAUGGCAGAUGCAGAGGUUGUUUCUUUUCUGCCUUUGCCAGGGCGCUCAGGACCGGGCUGGGAGAUGUACAGGCGGAAGGGAAAGAGAGAGCAGAUUCAAUGGGUGCUUAUAAUCUUCAGCUUAAUUACGCUUGGCGGGUUGUGCAUCUGGCUUCAAAGCAAUGCUUCUUAUGUCGUUGAGUAA